AUGGAGUUUCGUCUGGCCAACGAAUCUGAUAAAGAUAAAAUAUGGGAGAUUCUUCAGCAAGCAAUUGCUCAGAGAAAAGCUGAUGGAAGCAAUCAAUGGCAAGAUGGUUAUCCCAAUACUGAAACUGUGGCCAAUGAUAUUAAAAAUAAAUAUGGGUAUGUUUUGACCGAAAAUGGUAUCGUUAUUGCAUAUGCAGCUGCAAUCUUUGAUGUGGAACCUGCAUACAAUGAUCUUGAAGGAAAAUGGUUAACUAAUGGUGAUUAUCUAGUUAUUCACCGGAUUGCUACCCACAAAAGUGUAAAAGGGCGCGGCCUAGGUACAAAGAUACUUGAGAUGCUUGAAGAUAUUGCAGUUUCAAAAAAGAUUUAUAGUAUCAAAGUUGAUACAAACUUUGACAAUAAAGCCAUGCUCCAUAUUUUGGACAAACUAAAAUAUGUCUAUUGUGGAGAAGUGAAAUAUGAUGGAUCCCCACGAUUAGCAUUUGAAAAAGUUUUACAUUCUAAAUAA